AAUGAAACAAAACAGGAUGGACUUCUUGCAAGCAAAUAUUUUUUAUUGGCAAAUGCAAUUUUUUCAAUUGCGAGUCCACAACAAACCAAUUUACGAUGUAUGCAGAUAACUUUUUAUAUUAGCAAUUAAUAACCCAUGUUGGUUAAAUUAUGGAUUCCAUUUCUCUUAUUUGAAAUGGAUAUUUAAAUAAUAAUAAAAAUAAUAAUAAUACAAUAAUAAUAAUAAUAAUAAUAAUAAUAAUUCAAAAAAAUGGAUGUAUUAAAGAAAUAUUUUUGUCCACGUUUAUUGGAUUACAUAGUGAUUGCGGGUGCUCGUCAACCCAGUAGGAACCAUGUCGUACAGACUCCUGAGUUACUCAGAGUGUAUCCAUCUGAAGAUCAUAAAGACUUUCCUCUUCCACCUGAUGUAAUCUUCUUCUGUCAACCAGAAGGUUGCAUCAGUAUGGGUCCAAAAAGGAUANGAAAGAUCUCUCAGGAAAGGAGGAGUCGGAGGGAAAUUGCGAGAAUCCGAUUUACCUUUUCUCAGGAUAACAAAAGCUCUGAUUCAGCCUUUAGCGAACAGGUUCCUAGACAAUUAUAUUUAAAUGAUUCCGAUCAAGACUCAAAGUCUCCAUCUCCAAGAGCACAUAAAAGACAAAAAGUCAAAAGUCAUUCAUUAACAUCUUUAUGCAUAAUUAGUCAUCAUCCUUUUUUUUCUACGUUUCGUGAAUGUCUUUUCAUCCUUAGAAAACUCAUAGAUGCAUCCAAUGAACGUACGUCGACAAGAAGAAUAGGCGGCUCUCGUCAAAGCAGGGAAUCUGUCUGGAGUGCGUUAACCGGAAAGAUAUCGGAAACAACUCCUGCAAUAAUUCUUCAUGAUAUUCGUGAAUUAGAAAUGUGGAUUCUCCGUUUGCUCAGCGCCCCUGUUCCAGUGCCUGGUAAAACAAGAGUCGAGGUGGAAAUACUGCCUAAAGAUAUACAGCCUGCUUUAGUAUUUGCUCUUCCUGACCGAACCCGAUUUUCUCUGGUGGAUUUUCCCUUGCAUCUUCCUUUAGAAUUAUUGGGUGUCGAUACGUGUAUGAAAGUAUUGACGUGCAUAAUGAUGGAAAAUAAGUUAAUAUUACAGUCUCGUGAUUAUAAUGCCUUGUCGCUGAGCGUAAUGGCUUUUGUCACUAUGAUUUAUCCUUUAGAAUAUAUGUUUCCUGUUAUUCCACUUUUGCCUACUUGUAUGAGUUCUGCUGAACAGGUAAGUAAUUAUAAUAAAAAUUUUUAAAUUUUAAUUUAAAAUUUUAUACAGUAGAGCAUCGAUUAUCCGAAUGUCGAUCAACCGAAACGUCAAUUAACCGAAAGCUUUCCAGUCGGCAAAUUUAAAUUUCUGCUAGUGCUGUGGCGCUGCAAUCUUUGGCUAUGUCUUGGGUUACUCCAAUGUUAUUUCUGUUGGUGUGCGUGUGUUUUAGCUGUCAGCACUGGCACGACCAUGAGAGGGUACUUAAAGGCUGCUAUACACCAUGGGUUAAUCCUUUGAGACUGCCUGUCCUUGAGGAACUUCCGAAUUUCUUAUCGCCCAAAAACG